AUGCAAUCAGGGCUGAUCGAACUUCCAUCCCACGACUUAACAACAACAGACGACCAGUCUUCGCAAACCACUACCGCUCAACAUGGCCCCGGUCGCUUUCGCUCAGGCUCGCCAGGCGCUGGUCCCUUGCUGUCCGCUCCAGGAGCAUCUGCGGAUGAGCAGCGUCUUAGCCCCAUCUCUGCUGCAGCAGGCUCGCCCGAUGAUGACUUCAAUGUUGGCCAGGUCGACCAUUCCUUUGGCCGGUUGAGUGUUGUCACCGAGGGCCAGUUCUUGGCACUGACCCGAGCGACGGUCGCUGGACAACGUAUCUUUGACUACGAGAAUGCCGCUAUCUCCUCGCCUGUCGGCAAUAACAAUGCGCACCCGGGCCCGGGCUUCAAAGUCUCGCCCAACCCGAAGUUCUCCAGCGUCUACCUCACCGAUCUCCCGAAUGAAAUCUUGACUCAGAUUUUGUCCCACCUCCAUCCGGACUCCCACGGCGCCGUAGCGCUCGUCUCGAAACGCUUCUACGCCCUUGUCACCACGCCGUACGCAUGGCGGGCCGCUUUCCUGCGCUACUUUACGGGGGAGAACUCCGUUGUGGGCCACGCAAAGAACGACCAACGGGCCAAGGAGGCUGAAUCAUCGGACGCCAUCCGUUCCGAAGCCCGCUACUUCACCCGUCUCACCGCACUAGCCUCGUGGCGCAGCGAAUACCUGAUCCGCACACGCUUGUUGCGCAGCGUUGUGCGCGGGAAACCGGGUGGCCGUGGAUCGGCUGCGGCUCGUCCCAGCCAAUCCGGAAAGAAGGCUACCGCCGUAUUGACGUUCAAUUCCAAGCUUCCAUGGAUGAUUAGCCACGUCCACGCGGACUUUACCGGCGGGAAGAAGGGCCCGAGGGUGAUACAUGGGACACGCGAUCUUGGUGUAGCCACAGCGAGCGACCCAACCACGGGCAAGAUCGAGAAAUGGGGCUUGGACGACCCGUUCCUUUUCCAACAGCUGGACGAGGUCUUUCCGAACCUUGACUUCUAUGGGGCUGGCGACGGCCCCGCCGCGGUCCCGAACGUCAUGGACGUGAGCCAGGUAUUUGGCGUCGUCGGCGGGGAGGGCUUCCCCGGUGGCCGUGUGUACUACAAGGCUACUGGGCAGCUACGCGGGCACUACAUUGGGAAUCAUGCGGGAGACGGCCUCAACCCGGCCCCGUCGCCGCCAGAGAUACCAAAAAUCCUCGCACUAGUCGACGCGACUAGUUGUGUGUGGAUUGCCAAAUCGUCGGGCGUGACCUCGACGACGCAGUCUAUGGUGGGCAUCAUGGCCGGGUCCACGCUAGGCGUAGUGACAAGCUAUUCUCUCGGCCACGAGUCUACUGGCCCUCGUUUCAGCGAUGGUGAUAUGACUGCUCGCUGGGCCCUCAGUCCUGGAGUGCCUAUCAUUGACCUCAAGGUUGACGAGCAGUACUCUCUGCGGCGUAAAUCCCUUGGGCGCGUUUGGGCUGUUGCGCUCAAUGCUCUCGGUGAGGUGUUUUAUCUCACUGAACCGCCUAGCCCUCCAACCCGUAAAGGCAAGGCCGAAGAUGCCGUCACGGAUGCUUGGCACACUGGCCGGACUGCCCACUGGGAGUUGAUUGAGAUGACGCGCCGCACGGCAAAGUCCGACGAGUUCAACGACAAUGCAGUGAUGGGGACAUACUCGCCGAGGUCUUCAUCCCAUGCGAUGAACCUAAGCCGAGAGCAGGUUACUGCUGAGGCCAGGGAGAUUGAGCAGUAUUUUCGCCACACACCUGCACAUUUUAAGCGGGUGUGUCAGGGCUGGGAUAUGCUGCGGAAGCUCGAAGUUGACUUUGCAGCCGGAGGAGAGGGUGGUGGUGGAGCGAUCAUUGUUCUGAUCACCUCGGGCAGCGAAGAGGGGCAGCCUUCCUCGGUCCGCAGAUAUAUCAGGACCGAAAGUGCGGCAAAGUCAACGCCGUCUGGGGUUCUCACCCCAGUCGCGCCGUCGACCGCGCCCCGACCGUCCAUUUUCGGAGGGGAAAACGCGAUCGUAGAGGCCGAAAUCAGCCAGAGUGCCGAUGUCAUGGCCCACGGCGCGUCGCCGUUGCUGUCUGGAGAAAGCACCCCUCGCCUGGGAUCGGCCCCGGCUCAGGAGGAAACGGAAGAAUGGCGGGUGAGCGAGCUUGUGUUCAAACACGCUCCGACGACAGAGAUCACCGCCACCGCAUUGGACAUGUCAAACAACGCACUGAUGGCCGUCUUUGAGGAUCCUUUACUGUCUGGGCUCCCGGGGUCAAACCCACCAGCUACUCCCACCUCCAAGCAUGCCACGACCGAGAUACCCGGCCGGCGCGCGCGCUUACUCGCGAUCGGGACUAACAACGGAUCAGUGGUUGUAUGGAACCUGCGUGACAACGCUACGACCUCGGUCAACCCCGUGCGGGUUAUCCACACCGACUCGCCUGAAAUCACUGCGCUAGCCGUAUCGGCUCUCUACCUCCUCCACGGGGGCAGUGACAGCCUCGUCCAAGCCUGGGACCCUCUCGCAUCAUCGCUCGAGCCGAUCCGCACGCUCAAUGCCAAAUCGUCCGGCCGUAUCCCGCGGCACAUUCUGCAAACGAACCCAGCCCUGCAACACUCUAACUACUUUGCCGUCCGCGCCAUCGCCCUCGACCCGGACGCCACAAUCCUCCGCGGCGUACUCGCGUUCGGCACGUUCAUCCGCUCAUGGUCCUACAGCUCCAGGCCCCAGGGGCCCGGCCGCAAACGCCGACUGAAGCACUCAGACAUACACGGACGGCUGGCCAGCCGGCGUAACAACAGCACGGUUUCCAGCUACAUUGCUGCCGAAGAGGCGGAGCUGCGACACGAGCAGGAGCACCGGUCUCGCGAGGUCGCCCGGUUACGCAAGCGGUUUGGCGUCGGGCUAGCGGGGCUGACGGAGGAGGAGGCGCUGCAGUAUGCCCAAAUGAUCUCGGAGGAGAGCUUUGCGGCGGACGAGGUGCGCCGGGGGACCACCAGCGCAAGUGACACUGCAGCCGACAUGGCAAGUUCGGCGGGGAGCGAGUUCAGCUUGGCCUCGUCGGGGAGAGACGGAGGAUUGAACGGGCUGGCGGGACCGAGCGGCACGGCGGGCCUGCCUGUGUUGGCGGAGGAAGCAGCGGACAGGAUUGUAUCUGGUGGCCAUGAUGAUGGUGGAACUGGUGGUGAGGAAGAUGACUAUGAGGCCCAAAUCCAGCGCGCGAUCCGGCUAUCCCUGCUAGAAAGCUCGGAGCGGUCCUCCUCACCACCGGCCCAGACACCUUCCCCACCCCAGUCUUGGACAGCCGACGAUUCAAGCCCGUGUGAGUACGAGAUCAAAUUCCAGGUCAAGAGCGGAAAGGGGAGAGGUAAGGGCAAGAGCAAGGGGAAGGGCCAGUCGGUAAACAACACUACGUCACCUCGUACCGCCACCAGCACGGGUAUUUUUUCCGCUGCUACUGCUUCUGGCGCUGCUGGCUCUGGAUCGGCUACCAGCUAUGGUGCUACUUCCAACCCCGCCGGUCUAGACGUGGGAGUCGAUGCGGAUGAUGACCUGGAGCUUGCGCUGCGGCUAAGUAUGCAGGAGGAAGAAGCCAGGCAGCGCAAGAUGAAUGGACAGGGGGCGGAUAUGGGGUGGUAUGGUGAUCUUCAGGAAUACCCGCCGUUGGAGGGGAAGGGGAAGGGAAAAGGGAAGUGGGUUUAA